AUGGAAAUUGAGAAAGUAGAGCUCUCUCAGCUCGAAGAUACGCUGUCAGAAGCAGCUCCUCGGGGGCUGAAUGAGACUCUUCGCAGAAUAAGAGAAGAAGCAGACACGGAUAUGCACAUCCAGCUCAGAGUCGCCGAGCACGACUUAGUCACCAAACUUCAAGCUUUGAAAAACAAUAAUUCUAAGCUUAGCGAGCUUCAGCAGAAAUACGCAGAGUGGCAAAAGUGGCAAGAAGAGCUCAAAGCGCAAAACCAACAGCUGAUGGAGAAGCAUUCUAUCGUCGAACAGAACUUUCGCAUCUCAGAAGCGAAAAAGCGCGAGCUGGAUGAAAAGACGCAGAUGCUUGAGGAGUGCCUCGAGCGAGCAAACGCUGGACUCGAACAGGCCAAGGACGAUUUUCAAAUAACCAAAGUCAAGAAUCGACGAAGAUCAGAAGCUAUUGGGGCGCGAUCUUCUCUCAGGAAAGAGUUCUUAAAAUCACUAGAAUAG